AUGGCCUCCGACAGGACCGUCCUGGUCUUGUACGGUUCCGAGACGGGAAAUGCGCAGGACAUGGCUGAGGAGUUGGCCAAACUCUGUCAGCGCCUUCACUUCCGGACCUGCGUCGAAGAGCUCGAUGCCGUCGACCUUAAUGUCCUACUUCAGCAUCAGCUCGUCAUCUUCGCCCUCUCGACCACUGGCCAAGGCGACAUGCCGCACAACUCGUUGCUCUUCUGGAGAAAGCUCCUGCGCAGGAGUCUGCCGCCCGGCUGCCUCGCGCCGCUGCAGUACACGUGCGUCGGCCUCGGUGACAGCACCUAUAUUAAAUUCAAUUGGGCGGCCCGUAAACUUAUCAAACGGCUGGACCAGCUCGGGGCCAGCACCUUUUUGGAGCCCUGUGAGGCAGACGAGCAAUUUCCCGAAGGGGUCGACGGUAGCUUUGUGCGCUGGGCGGAUGGCCUCCGAAAGCAUCUUCUCGAGCAUUUCCCUCCCCGGGAGGGCCUGCAACCGAUUCCCGAGCACGUCAACUUGCCUCCCAGGUGGUCUCUUGAGCCAGCUCUUGACGCCCCCGUCAACCCUUCUCCAGAUAGGUCGGAACCUGGGCAAGCAACGUCGCCCCCCUUGGAUAUAAUCCCACUCCCAGACGGUUGGUCGGCGACCAUUGCAGCCAACAAGCGUUUGACGUCAGAUACCCACUGGCAAGAUGUCCGCCUCAUAUCCUUCGACAUUCCUUCUCGUGGCCCGGGUCAGAAGCUUCACUGCAGCCCAGGCGACUGUCUCACCCUCUACCCCAAGAACUUCCCCGACGAUGCCCAGAGGCUCAUCACGCUCAUGGGCUGGGAUUCCGUCGCCGACAAGCCCCUUGACCUUUCACUGUGCAGGCCCCUGCCUCGUGCCCUCUACCCGCCUGCACCCUGCACGGUUCGCACCUUGCUGCUCCACAACAUCGACUUCACCGCCGUGCCUCGCCGCUCCUUUCUUAAAAGCAUAUCCUACUUCGCCUCCGAUCAAGAUCAGAAGGACAGACUGCUCGAGUUUUGCAGCACAGAGUUCCUGGAUGAAUACUUUGACUACGCGACCCGCGCGAGACGCACAAUUGUCGAAGUGUUGGAAGAGUUCUGGUCCGUUCGCGUCCCACCCGAGCGCAUCCUGGACGUCUUCCCCCUCAUCCGCGGUCGAGACUUCAGCAUCGCCAACGGCGGCGCACAGCUCAUCCAUCCGUGCCCAAGCCGGUCGGACACGACUCGCGUUGAACUCGUCGUCGCCCUCGUCAGCUACCGCACCAUCCUCCGCAAACCUCGCCAGGGCCUUUGCUCGCGCUACCUCGCCGAUCUGCCCGCCGGUGUUGUCCUCGGCGUAACCCACAAGCCCGUGCUCUCGCCUGUCCACGGCCCGGCCAACGCCCGACGCCCUCUCAUCGCCAUGGCUACCGGCACCGGCGUCGCGCCCGUGCGAUGCCUCCUCCACGAGCGCCUCACUCACCCAUCCGCGGCCCCGGUCUUGCUCUUCUUCGGAAACCGCAACCGCGCGGCCGACUUUCUCUUCCGCGACGAGUGGGAGUCCUUGGUUGCCCGGGGUCUCCUGCUCCUCUUCCCGGCCUUUUCUCGUGAUCAGCGUGAGAAGGUGUACGUGCAGGACCUCGUUCGGCGGGAGGCGGCGCGUCUCGCCGACCUGAUACCGCAGCAUGCCAUUUUUGCCGUCUGCGGCGGAUCAACCAAGAUGGCUGACGCAUGCAAGAAUGCCGUCUUCGAUCCCUUCAACGAGGCGGGCGACGAGCAGGAGAGACGGAAGACUCUCGCUGAGAUCACCUGGUGGCAGGAGAUUUGGUAG